CGGCCGGGCGGGGAGAGCCGGGCGCGCGAGCCGAGCGCGCAGCUCACCUGCCGCCGCCGCUCACCUGGCGCGGAGCGCGCCCCCGCCCUCCCGGCAGAGCACCGAGCGCGGCAGCCGCCCCUCGCCCCGCGGGCCCGGCGCCGACAGGCCACACGGGUCGCCCGCGCGCCUCGGGAGCAGCGGAGGAGCCCCCCGGCCUGGGCGCGCCAAGAGGACGUGGGUUAAAAUGAAUGAAGACCUGAAGGUCAAUGUAAGCGGGCUGCCUCGGGAUUAUUUAGAUGCCGGAGCUGCGGGGAACGUCUCGGCUGCCGUCUCUUCCCAGGUUCCUGGCGUGGAGCCGGAGCCAGAGCUGGUGGUCAACCCGUGGGACAUUGUCUUGUGUACCUCGGGAACCCUCAUCUCCUGUGAAAAUGCCAUCGUGGUCCUUAUCAUCUUCCAUAACCCCAGCCUGCGGGCCCCCAUGUUCCUGCUGAUAGGCAGCCUGGCGCUUGCAGACCUGCUGGCCGGCAUUGGACUCAUCAUCAAUUUCGUCUUCGCCUACCUGCUGCAGUCAGAAGCCACCAAGCUGGUCACCAUUGGACUGAUUGUCGCCUCUUUCUCUGCCUCUGUCUGCAGCUUGCUGGCUAUCACUGUUGACCGCUACCUCUCCCUGUAUUACGCUCUGACCUACCACUCGGAGAGGACGGUCACGUUUACCUAUGUCAUGCUUAUCAUGCUCUGGGGGACGUCUAUCUGCCUGGGGCUGCUGCCCGUCCUGGGCUGGAACUGCCUCCAAGACGAGUCCACCUGCAGCGUGGUCAGACCCCUCACCAAGAACAACGCCGCCAUCCUCUCCAUCUCCUUCCUCUUCAUGUUUGCGCUCAUGCUUCAGCUCUACAUCCAGAUCUGUAAGAUCGUGAUGAGGCACGCCCACCAGAUAGCCCUGCAGCACCACUUCCUGGCCACCUCGCACUACGUGACCACCCGGAAGGGGGUCUCCACCCUGGCCAUCAUCCUGGGGACCUUUGCUGCUUGCUGGAUGCCUUUCACCCUCUAUUCCUUGAUAGCUGAUUACACCUACCCCUCCAUCUACACCUAUGCCACCCUCCUGCCCGCCACCUACAACUCCAUCAUCAAUCCUGUCAUAUACGCUUUCAGAAACCAAGAGAUCCAGAAAGCCCUCUGCCUCAUCUGCUGCGGCUGCAUCCCAUCCAGCCUCUCGCAGAGAGCGCCGUCCCCCAGCGACGUGUAGCAUCACUCCACUAGGAGCCUGCAUUACCAAGCACUCCCACUGCCUGGCCGAGCGGAUGAGAUGCUCUCCUUAAAUUCUUUCUGUUGGAUUCUCUCUUGAGCCACAGGAGCACUUUGAAGCGUUUAUUUAGACAAGUUAAGUGAUUGAAGUGAAAAUAAUGUUACCAGUGUUUUCACCCUUUAAAAACAAUUGAGUUCUUUGCUCAAUACAAUUUCGUUUUGUUUGGGGUGGUUUUUUUUUUUAAGUAUUUUAUUUGGAGGCAGGGUUUUUGUUUUAUAUUGUUUGGAGGAUUGGUAGUGCGGGGGGGGGGGAAGGAAGGGGUAUGACAUGGCCAUGAAAUUAUAAAAAGUAAAUUGGUCCCAGAGUUUUACCUGGACUUUAAAAUAAAACUGAGUUAUUGAGGAAAAUGGAGACAUUACUUUUUCCAGACCUUUUUUUUUUUUUAACAUCAAGGUAGAUUUUCCGUGCUGCAUGUAUCUAACAAUGCAAUCACUCUGAAGCCAAUGGAAAUAGUUUACAUGAUUUAUGUUUGGAAGGGACAUGAUUUUAUUAACAUGAACUCAGUAAUAAGUUACCAACACUGAAACCAUGAACCCAUUCUUUGUCAUUCUUUCUUUACUUUCAGCAAUUACUGUUCACAAAAAUUAUUUUGGUACUUCUAUGACGGUUGUAAUUCUUUCUGCAUGGCUGCCUGUGUCAGCUAGACCACUAGUUUCAAAUGUUGCCAUGUAAAUCCAGAAUCAAGUGAGUCACUUUUCAAUAUGGUUUUUCCAUAUAUUCUUCUAAAAUGAAAUAUGAAAUUUGUUGUGAUUUACAUAUGAAGUAGGAUUGACUAGGUACACCACAGUAGUUUUUUAAGCUACAGUCUGUGUUCAGGAAACAAAAGAAAAAAAUUAAUAACAUUAUUCAAAGUGGAUUAAAUUGAUUUUAGUAUAUUCCAAAAAAAUAAUUAAUGUAAAGCUAUCACAAAAUAUGAAAAGCAUCACUUUUCCCAUUUCUCUGUAUCUAAGAACGUAUUAAUAGUUAUUCUUGGUUGAGACAAAUAGUAUUACAUACUGUAGACCAAGUAUUUCUGGUUCAUACUGUCUGUGGUGUCAAUGCAUUUGAAACAAGUGGUCUCCUACUUUACUGAUUAAGUUUGUGAGUAAAUAACAUACAUAUCUUAUUGUGAUGUAUAUCAGCUACAUUAUGCAAGUUUACAAGCAGAAUGACCACAUGGCUGUUCAUGAAAAAUUAAAUUUGAACCCCUUUUUUUUCUUUUCACCAGAAAGCAACUUAAAUUCAAUAAAAACUAUAUUGCCUGUUUUCACAGAGCAAGGAAAUGAUACAGAAGAAUUAAUUUUAAACCUACUGUAUAAUGAUUGUGUUUGAUCGUCAUUUCUGUUAGCACAGACAGAUGUUUUGGACACAGAUACCUUCCUUCCACUUGCAGUGUACUUAUAGCUGUGUCUAUAUAACCAGUGGGAGAAUUUCUGGACAGCCCAUCAGCUUAACCCAUUCAGAUGUUGGAAGACCGGUAUUUCAGGGUCCUUGGGGAAUCAUUUGUAAUCAAUUAACCUCAUUGGUCUGUCCCAAACAUCAUGCCCACGGUGGUCUGAGGUCCAUUCUGGCAGCCUGCACGCUGAAGCCAUCUCUCCAGAGCACCUCCUAGUGCAGCACAAGUGUGAAUCGAUCCUACACUUGAAUCCGUGCCUCCUCUCUUACGUCACUUACGGUAGAGGAGAAGGGUUGAAACAUUUCAGAAGUGAGAAAGGAUUUUCAGUCCACAGAACUGGAUGACUAAUCUCAGCCUUUAAAAAGUUCUUCAAAGGGGGCUUCCCUGGUGGCGCAGUGGUU